AUGGAUGAGCGGUGGACUAACCCAAGGUUCUGUGAAGAUGGGGACAGUUCUGAGGAAGAUGAUUUCCCCUUUCUUCAGAUACGUCCUGGAGGUGCAGCUGACAUUGAACAGCUGCACGAGAUCAGCCUGGAUGAGGCUGUGCUUGAUGUUGCGAUGCCUACUGCCCCAGAAGAUGAUGUGAGCGAUAUUCCAGACUCACACAAGGUUGAUUGUGAAGAUGACCUGGUUGGCAAGAGUGCCAGUAUUGUUUAUAAUGAAAACCUAAAGACGCUGGCCACCUACCUCCAGUUGCCUAUACAGAGGCGGAGGCGUAUCUCGUUUAAGGGUGCGGUGUCGGAGGCGGAGGUAAGGGAGAGCAGUGUGGGGCUACUGCAGGGGUACCUCAGCUCCAUCAUGGACGCCAUUGUGGGGUCGGAGCCACACUGUCCCCCGGUCAUGAGGGUGGUGUUCAAACAGCUACACAAGAGGGUGGAGGAGCAGUUCCCCCAAUCACAGCACCAGGUGGAGAUUCCACUGGCCUGCCUACGCAGGACCCCCCCACUGCAAGGCUGGUUCCGACUACUGCCCCUGGGCAACACCGAGCACGACGCAGGGGCACGGCUGAACGCUAUGCCUCUGAAGGCGCGCUUAGCAGAAGAGAGGAUCCUUCCCUCAGUCUAUUACCAGCCCCUUAUAGACCUGCUGCUGGAGAGUGCUAUAGAGCAGAGUGCCAUAGAGCAGAGUGCUCCUCUGACCCUGCUGGAGGAAGUGACAAUAGUAGAGAGUCGCCAGGAUCUGCCAUGACGCUUGGUGAAGAUCUACCUGGGCCAAGGGCUGGUGGUGCCCUUUCUAGACUACCUCAACACCAGAGAGGUCCACCACACCAGUACGCACCUCGACCCAAACACUUUGUUUCGCUUAACCUUUGCAUCUAAAGCCAUGGAGCAGUUUAUGAAGGCAGUGGGGAUGUUGUAUCUGCACGAGGUUCUCAGGCCCGUCAUCAAUCGCAUCUUUGAAGAGAAAAAGUAUGUGGAGCUGGACCCAUGUAAGAUAGACCUGAACCGCAGCAGGCGUAUCUCGUUUAAGGGUGCGGUGUCGGAGGCGGAGGUAAGGGAGAGCAGUGUGGGGCUACUGCAGGGGUACCUCAGCUCCAUCAUGGACGCCAUUGUGGGGUCGGAGCCACACUGUCCCCCCGGGUCAGAGAGGGUGGUGUUCAAACAGCUACACAAGAGGGUGGAGGAGCAGUUCCCCAAUCACAGCACCAGGGAUGUAAAGUAUUUGUCCAUCAGUGGUUUCUUCUUUCUGCGUUUCUUCGCUCCAGCCAUCCUCACCCCCAAACUCUUCCACCUGAGAGAUCACCAUGCCGACACACGCACCAGCCGAACACUGUUGCUGCUGGCAAAAGCUGUGCAGAGUGUGGGUAAUCUGGGUCUACAGCUGGGUCACGGGAAGGAGCAGUGGAUGGCCCCUCUGCAUCCCAUGAUCUUUAGCAGCGUGGCGUCUGUCAAAGACUUCCUGGACAAGCUCAUAGACGUCGACCACGACAACCUAGCAGAGGUGUCCCAGAGAGUGAUGUUCCUGCCGUGUGUGACGGUGAAGGAGGGGUUCCUGCACAAGCACAAGCCAGAGGGUCCGCAGCUGCUCAAACGCUUCGCCUUCAAGAAGCGCUACUUCUGGCUCAGCAGUGAGACGUUGUCCUACGCCAAGACACCCGACUGGCAGGUCCGGUCCUCCAUCCCAGUGCAGUGUGUGUGUGCGGUGGAGAGAGUGGACGAGAACGGCUUCCAGCUGCAGAAUGUCAUGCAGGUGCUGACGCAGGACAGCGAGGGACACACACACACCAUGUACCUGCAGUGCAAGAAUGUUAACGAGUUGAACCAGUGGUUGUCGGCCAUCAGGAAGGUGAGCAUCUAUAACGAACACCUGCUGCCCUCCUUCCACCCCGAGCCCACCGCAUCAACCCACCGCACCAAGUGGACCUGCUGCCUACAGACCGACCGCACAGCGGUGGGCUGUAGUCGUACUCACUCUGCAGUGACGCUUGGAGACUGGAGUGAUCCGCUAGAUCCAGACGCUGAAGCGCAGACAAUUUACAAACAGCUGCUGCAGGGCAGCGACAAACUCAGGAAGCAUUACGGGCAGCCAGAGGAAACAGAUGGUGCCGGAGAGGAAGAGAAACCUGUGAGCUCUGAGACAUCAGAUGUCCUGAAGGGGGCAGCACAGAGGGGCAGAGCUGUGGCCGUGCGUCUGCUAGACGUCCUCGUGGAUCUGGAGCGUGUUCACUCCACCUACCAGCAGAGGGAGCAAGAGGACACCAGCUCAUCACUCAUCCUGCCACUGUAGACCUCUACACACACACACACACACAAUACACACACACCUACACACACACACCAGCUCAUCACUCAUCCUGCCCCAGUAGACCUCCAUACACACACACACACACCAUACACACACACACAAUACACACACACACACACACACACACAAUACACACACACCAGCUCAUCACUCAUCCUGCCCCAGUAGACCUCCAUACACACACACACACCAUACACACACACACACAACACACACACACACAAUACACACACACCAGCUCAUCACUCAUCCUGCCACAGUAGACCUCCAUACACACACACACACACACACACACACACACACACAACACACACACACACACACACUAUACAAACACACACACACACACAAUACACACACACCAGCUCAUCACUCAUCCUGCCCCAGUAAAACCUCACACACACACACACAAACACACAGUCCAUGUGAUGACAAAUAUUUGGCCACCAUAUGACCAAAAGUAUUUGAAAACACUUCCUGCUUAUUGACGUUAAGUGAUUCAGCCUCACAUGCUUUUAACAGGUGCCUAAAAAGAAGCUACUGUAGCCACUCAUCCUGCCCCCAUAGACCUCCACACACACACCUACACACACUGUAGCCACGCGAUCUUUGUAGUCAAACUUUGGAAGUGGAAAGAGCCAUGCUGGACAGCUCAGGGCCUUUAAAGGUGUCACUGUCAUAGGAUGGCAUCGACACACACACACAUACACACCUCACACACACACACCCACACACCAGCUCAAUGUCAUAGGAUAUACCUCCAUACACACACACACAUACACACACCU